AUGGGUGGAGCGGCCAAGACCCAGGUGUGGUCUAAGGGGGCGGGCAGCCCCGCCGACGCCAAGGCGCCCCCGCCCGCCUGCUACCCGGGAUCGGCGCCGGCGCCCUCGCAGGUCAAGAGCAAGGCCAAGAAGACCGUGGACAAGCACAGCGACGAGUACAAGAUCCGGCGCGAGCGCAACAACAUCGCGGUGCGCAAGAGCCGCGACAAGGCCAAGAUGCGCAACCUGGAGACGCAGCACAAGGUCUUGGAGCUCACGGCCGAAAACGAGCGGCUGCAGAAGAAGGUGGAGCAGCUGUCGCGCGAGCUCAGCACCCUGCGGAACUUGUUCAAGCAGCUGCCCGAGCCUCUGCUCGCUUCCUCCGGCCACUGCUAGCGCGGCCCCCGCGCGCGCGCGCCCCCCUGCUGGCCGACCUCCGCGCGGCCGCCGAGACUCCGGGGCGCGCCCGCGCUCCCGCCUCCGCCCCUGGUGGCGCCGGCAAAACUUUGGCACUGGGGCGCUUGGCAGCGCGGGGUCCCGUCGGUAAUUUUAAUAUUUUAUUAUAUAUAUCUAUAUUUUUGUCCAAACGAACCGCACAUGCACCCGGGGUGCCCGCCCUUGGUGUUAUUUAAAGAAGAGAUGUCUGUGUGUACAGAUGAAUGAUAAACUCUCUACUCUCCCGCGGCCCCCUCUCCCGGCGCCGGCGGGCGGGCCGGUUUCGAAGUUGAUGCAAUCGGUUUAAACGUGGCUGAACGCGUGUGUACACGGGACUGACGCAACCCACGUGUAACUGUCAGCCGGGCCCUGAGUAAUCGCUUAAAGAUGUUCCUACGGGGUUGUUGCUGUUGCUGUUGUUGUUGGUUUUUUGGCCUUUUUUUUUGUAUUAUAAAAAAUAAUCUAUUUCUAUGAGAAAAGAGGCGUCUGUAUAUUUUGGGGAUCUUUUCCGUUUCAAGCAUUAAGUAAGAACACUUUUAAUAAACUUUUUUUUUUUUU